UAAUCCAACCAUUAUGUAUAAAUAUAUGUGCAUGUGUAUUCCAUAUGUAUGUGUUUGUAUAUUUCUAUGUAUAUAUUGCCCCAGAACACAAAAAACAAACCAUUAACAAAUAACUAUACCUGUAACUAGACUGGCAAUUGGAAAAAGAUAUAUUUAAAAUCUCACUGGCUUCAGUGCUUACAUGAGGCUCACGCUUGCAGAAUCUUCUUCUCACAGACAGCUGGGACAAGUCAGAGCUGUGUUCCACCAAUCCCUCCUCCUCCCAUCUCCUCCUCCCUGCUGCUUGCACAGUACCAGCCUGGAUUCCCCGUAAACUGUUCUGUUAGCCUGGGCAGUCUCCACAGACCUGAUCGUUUUUGAGUGCAAGGAAGUAGCAUUUUGCCAGUCAAAGUCCCCAUUACUUUAAAUGAAAUUAGCCCUGCUGGUGUGCACAGGUUUAGCCUCCCCAAGCCUUCAUUAAAAUCUGCCUAUGAUCAGAUGCCUCUUGCUUGUGGCUGCUGCUCAUUUGCCUUUGAUGUUUUCUAUGUGUGUUGUUCACACACCGGUAUGCCAGCUCCCUUCAGUCUGUAUGGAUGUCUACAACGUGAUCUCCUACUCAUAUUUGUAAUGCUGCAGUGGUCCAUCUUAUAGACAACAGUCUGCUCCAAUCCAGAAGGGGACCAGCCUACUGCUCUGAGCUGAUCUUAUCAUAGGACCACCUUUCCCCCCUUUUUUUGUCUGCGAUCCAACCACUUCUGGUUAGAAUUGUCUCAUCUGAUGUGACUCCUGUCUGGAAAAGCCCUGAUUUGCCCAGCCCAAAGCGCAGGCUCCACCAAGAUGUUUGUAUAGGAGCUGCUAGUGGUGCUGCAGCAGCAGCAGGAACAGAGCACAGGUUGGGAUUUCUGUCUGGUGUUGGUGCACAUUUACAGGAGAGAUGAAAUUCCCUAUAGAGACCCCGAGGAAGCAAGUGAAUUGGGAUCCACAAGUGGCGGUACCCUCGGCUGUUCCUUCCCCGGCUCCACCGCCUGAACUUCCUCCAUCUGAACCAAAGCCAAACGGGCAUCAUCAACCUACCCCAUCUGCCAGCCCUAGAAUGUCUAUAUGCUCCCGGGCUACUGUGGUAAGCACUAUAGACAACACAUCCAGCGGCCUGCGUUCGGUCAUGAAGUGGAAAACAGUUUUGGCAAUUUUUGUUUUGGUGGUGUUAUACUUGGUGACUGGUGGUCUUGUCUUUGGAGCUCUUGAGCAGCCUUUUGAGAACAGCCAGAAAUACAUCAUAGCACAAGAAAAGGCGGAUUUUCUGCUUAAUCAUCCCUGUGUCACUCAGCAAGAGUUGGAUGCACUUAUCAAGAGAGCCAUUGAUGCUGAUAAUGCUGGAGUAAACCCCAUUGGGAAUAACUCUAAUAGUAGCAGCCAUUGGGAUAUUGGAAGUGCCUUUUUCUUUGCUGGAACUGUAAUUACGACUAUUGGGUUUGGAAACAUUGCACCAAGCACUGAAGGAGGAAAGAUCUUUUGCAUACUUUAUGCAAUAUUUGGAAUCCCUCUUUUUGGCUUCCUGUUGGCUGGAAUUGGAGACCAACUGGGGACAAUAUUUGGAAAAAGUAUAGCACGAGUUGAGAAAGUUUUCCUGAAGAAGCAGGUGAGCCAAACGAAGAUCAGAGUCAUUUCUACAAUAUUGUUCAUCGUGGCUGGCUGCCUGGUAUUUGUGACCAUACCUGCUGUCAUCUUCAAACAGAUAGAAGGCUGGACAGAACUGGAAUCACUUUACUUUGUGGUGGUUACUCUUACAACAAUUGGCUUUGGAGAUUUUGUGGCAGGGGGAAAUGCAGACAUUUCCUAUCGGGAGUGGUACAAACCUUUGGUGUGGUUCUGGAUCUUGGUUGGCCUUGCAUAUUUUGCAGCUGUCUUGAGUAUGAUUGGAGACUGGCUACGAGUCAUAUCCAAGAAGACAAAAGAAGAGGUGGGUGAAAUAAAAGCACAUGCAGCUGAGUGGAAAGCCAACGUCACGGCAGAAUUUAGAGAGACACGGAGACGGCUCAGUGUGGAAAUCCAUGACAAACUUCAAAGAGCAGCCACAAUAAGAAGCAUGGAGCGCAGAAGGCUUGGCCUGGACCAGAGGGCACACUCCCUUGACAUGCUAUCACCAGAAAAACGCUCUGUUUUUGCUGAAUUGGAGGCAGGGCGUUUCAAAGCAUCAUCUCAGGACAGCAUAAACAACAGACCCAACAACCUGAGACUGAAAGGGGCAGAACAGUUCACCUUACAUGGGCAGGGGGUUUCUGAAGACAACAUCAUUAACAAGUUUGGUUCCAAUUCUUCAAAGCUUACAAAGAGGAAAAACAAGGAUUUAAAGAAGAAUCUUCCGGAGGAUGUGCGAAAGAUCUAUGAGAAUUUCAGAAAAUAUUCAGUAGAUGAAGAGAAAAAGGAAGACGAGGAUGACAAAAUCUCCACUUCAGACACCGCUACUCUAUCUGACUUCAUUCAUCACUCGAUAAUAGAGAAUGGCUCAGUACCCAAAGAAACCAAAGAAGAAGAACAUGAAAGCAAAGCAUUACUUGAAGAGAAAAAUUAAAAGGGCUAAUUUGGAGAUCAUUGCUCUUACAUGGCACGAAAUAGCUUUGGGCUGCAAAGUGGAACACAAAAUAGACAUUUCAAUUCCAUUCCGCAGCCCAGAGUUGGCUCGAAGAUUGGCUGAGCAGUAACCUUUAACCCCUUCUGUGCUGGAGGGGCUAGCAACUCAGUGUGUUGCAUGCCCCUCCAGCAUGGAAGGGGGUGAAAAAUUACCCUUACGAUAAGUACAUUUUACACUCAUGAACUAACAAAAACAUUUGCUCAUUUUAGAAGACUCAUUAAGACAUGUGCCUUAAAGCAGACUUUUAAUUCCUUUGGAAUUCUGUACAAUUCAUUAAUAGACCUUUACCGUGCCAUAAGUGACUGCCAAGAGCCCCAGCAGCAGUGGAAAAUCUUGGAAAGUAAAGGCCAUGUUGACCUCUAGGGGGUAACUGCACUACAAAGAAUCUCCACCUGGAAAUGUGCACCUCAAGCUGGUGUCUAGUAUUUCUGUAGAUGGCAGUGUAUUUACACUGUGCGAAAAAAAGUUUGCAAACAACUUGUGAGCUGGAAGAGGUUUACUCCUUUUGUGGCAACGGGUACAAUAAGAAAUGUUUUAAUGAUUACUAUCUCCAUAUCAGUCUAGCUGUACCCUGCCCGAAACAACAUCAGCACACUGCAUUAAAUUAUUGUGCUCAAGCUUUUUAAUCAUAAUCAGCACAGUGGCAUUGGCCAUGCCCAUUAUUAAAAUAUAAAGUAAAGCCUGUGUAGGGGGUAAAUGCAACAUAAAGGAUUGCCACCUGAAACAUGCACUUCAAAACUGGUAUCUAGUAUUUUUAUAGAUGGCAAUUUGCAGUUUGCAACUAACUUGUAAGCUGGAAGAGGUAUACUCCUUCUAUGGAACCAGGGUACAAUAUUUUAUUUUUAUCUUUUAAACUCUGUAUCAGGCCAGUUGUACCCUGCCUGGAACAACAUCUGCACACACUGCAAAAUGAUUGUGCUCAAGCUUUUUAAUCAUACUCAGCACUGUGGUGACAACCAUACCCCUUGAUAAAAUAAACUCAACUCUACACCUUAGAUGGAGCCUCUCCAAACCUUAUGUAUUGGAAGGAUGUCAGUUUGGGGUGAAAAAAAGCAAAAAUUGUCAUGUGUUUUUUAUAUCUUCUAGACACUUUAUAUUGCUGAACAAAUUCAGUUAAUAAUACUGUAAUACAGGGAAGGAGCAGACACCUUGCAUGUGGUGUGGGAUUGCCUGCCUUUCUUUCUAUUAGCUGAAAAGAUCAGAGUACAUCCAAAAUAGUUCCAUUGUGCGAUGAUUAAGUACAAUUCUCAGGGCUGUGUGUCCCUCUCAUAAAGCAAAGGUUUGAUGGGCACUGUCAUUUAAUGGUAAAGUCUUUUAUGAACUAAAAUAUAUAACAGAGGAUAUCAAAUGUUGAAGUGCUUACCAAUUUGUGCCAUUUCAUUUUGCAUUUUUAAUGAAACCUUGAAAUACUUUUGUUUAUAAUUUA